AAUGUAAAUAUUUAUAGCAGCUUUAUUCACAAAUGAAAAAACUGGAAACGACCCAAAUGCUCGCCCAAUGGUGGAAUAUCUACACAAUGGGACGCUAUUCAUCAGCGUAAGGGAGCUUAUUUGUGGAACAACACAGAUGAGUCUCACACGCACUGGCCUGAGUGAAAGAAGUCAGAUUGAAAGAGUUGUAUAUUGUAUGAUUCUGUUUAUAGGACAUCAUAGAAAAGGCAAAACUGGAAGUAUCAAUCGGAUCAGUGGCACUCAGGGCUGGGGCUAGGGAGAGGGGAUUUACAACAAAGGAGCAUGAGGAAAUUUGGAGGAUGAUUUAAAUACUCCAUAUCUUGAUUAUUACAUGUCUGUAUGUGCUUCACAAAAUACAACAAAAUGUAUAUCUAGAAAGAAGGAAUUUAUUGCAUUUAAAUCAUAUACUUCAAUAUACCUCAUAGCUAAAAAUUUCUGGCUGAUUGGACUUUUUACACAAACAGAAAGAGAGAUAAAGUAAGAGAAAAAAAUACAAGAGAAGAGAGGGGAAGGAAAAGAAAAGAGACUGAUGUGAUGGAAAAGGGAGAAAGAUUUUUAAGAUUCCUUGGUAAAAUGAUGUAAUUACUAGUUGACUAUAAUACAAGUGUGGUGUUUAACUGACUAAAAUUGCCAGAUACAUGUGAAGGACAUAUUAGAGGAAUAAAGGAAUGCCCAUAAAAUUUGAGUGCCCAUAAGAAGAGUCUCCAAAAUAAGGGCAAAUAAAAUAUAUUUAGACUUCCGUUUCCGGUUCCAUACAAACUCUCCCGCCACCAGGGAAGAGCGGCUGUCAGCGUUUGCGUUUUCCCGCGUCUGGGUGCUUGCGAGUGACCAAAAUGCAGUUUUCUGGAGGAAAAAGGAAGAAGCUGAGAUUGGCAGGUGAUCAGAGAAAUGCUUCCUACCCUCAUUGCCUUCAGUUUUACCUGGAACCACCUUCUGAAAACAUAUCUUUGACAGAGUUUGAAAACUUGGCUAUUGAUAGAGUUAAAUUGCUAAAAUCAGUUGAAAAUCUUGGUGUAAGCUAUGUGAAAGGAACUGAGGAAUACCAGAGUAAGUUGGAAGCCGAGAUUCGAAGGCUUAAGUUUUCUUACAGAGAAAACUUAGAAGAUGAAUAUGAACCGCGAAGAAAAGAUCAUAUUUCUCAUUUUAUUUUGCGCCUAGCUUAUUGCCAGUCUGAAGAUCUUAGACGCUGGUUCAUUCAACAAGAAAUGGAUCUCCUUCGAUUUCGAUUUGGUAUUUUACCCAAGGACAAAAUUCAAGAUUUCUUAAAAGAUAGACAUUUGCAGUUUGAGGCUAUAAGUGACGACGAGAAGGCUUCCCGAGAAAAGGACAUUAUUGCUUCAUCACCAAGUUUAAAUGGGGCUAUCUUGGAGUCAGAGUCGGUUUAUAAGAUCCCUUUUGCUGAUGCUCUGGAGUUGUUCCGAGGAAGGAAAGUCUAUUUGGAAGCUGGCUUUGCUUACGUACCACUUAAGGAUAUUGUGGCAAUCAUCCUGAAUGAGUUUAGAGCCAAACUGUCCAAGGCUUUGGCAUUAACGGCCAGGUCCUUGCCUACUGUGCAGUCUGAUGAAAGACUUCAGCCUCUGCUCAACCGCCUCAGUAAUUCCUACACUGGCCAAGAUUACAGUACACAGGGAAAUGUUGGAAAGAUUUCUUUAGAUCAGAUUGAUUCGCUUUCUACCAAAUCCUUCCCACCUUGCAUGCGUCAGUUACAUAAAGCCUUGCGGGAAAAUCACCAUCUUCGUCACGGAGGCCGAAUGCAGUAUGGCCUCUUCCUGAAAGGCAUUGGUUUAACACUGGAGCAGGCACUGCAGUUCUGGAAGCAAGAAUUUAUCAGAGGAAAGAUGGAUCCAGACAAGUUUGAUAAAGGUUACUCUUACAACAUCCGUCAUAGCUUUGGAAAGGAAGGCAAGAGGACAGACUAUACACCUUUCAGUUGCCUGAAGAUUAUUCUAACCAAUCCACCAAGCCAAGGGGAUUAUCACGGGUGCCCAUUCCGUCACAGUGAUCCAGAGCUGCUGAAGCAGAAGUUGCAGUCGUACAAGAUCUCUCCCGGAGGGAUAAGCCAGAUUUUGGAUUUAGUAAAGGGUACACAUUACCAGGUAGCCUGUCAGAAAUACUUUGAGAUGACACAUAAUGUAGAUGAUUGUGGCUUUUCUUUGAAUCAUCCCAAUCAGUUCUUUUAUGAGAGUCAGCGUAUUCUGAGCGGAGGUAAAGACAUCAAGAAGGAGGCCGUCCAACCAGAAACCCCUCAACACAAAGCAAAUGUCCAGAAAACCAAGGAUGCAUCAUCCGCUCUGGCCUCGUUAAAUUCCUCUCUAGACAUGGAUAUGGAGGGACUAGAAGAUUACUUCAGCGAAUGAUUCUUGGGCGGUUUAGGAGCCCCUUUCCUCUCUAGCCUUCAUUCCUACUUUUACGAUUCUGCCUUUUUCUUUUUUAACUUUGUUCAACUUCUCCCUUCACCUCUCCCCAGUCCCUCCUCAUGUACACACACUCACUAGGAAACCAUGCGUGCAGGUAAACACAGAACCACGCUAUGUUUUGCUUUGGCAAAGGGGAGGAGGAAGAGUUUCUAUUAAAAUCUGUCAUUUGAAUGGUGUGAUUUAAAUCCUGUUUUAGGAGAUAAAAACAGCUUUCUGGACUGAUUAAAGCCCAAAAAUACAGCUAAAACCAUUUUUAUUUUAACCCUUAUCACUUUGUCAUUUUGACUCCAUC